ACAUGAGAAUCCGAGUAAUUUUAAAUAUUAAUAAUUCUGAGACUCAUCAGUCAUCUCAACCAGCGUAACGCGUGCUGGGACGCGCAGUAUGGAUAAAGUCAGGGGCAUCGCGCAGUCACGUGGUUACAUUCAUGCUGACAGCUCCUAUGAUCAGAUCUUAAUUAUUUCUUGACGAAUACCAUAGUUAAUAGUACCACGUCAGUCUAGGCUCUGGACACUCGUCUUGUUCCAUCUGGAGAGUCUCCGAUCUCGACCAUUUGGUCUCAUCAAUCACACUAUUAAUACGGAAUAUCAAGUCCAUAUCACUCGUUUUGUGAAGCCAUCUCUCUCGCGUUCCCUACCUACGGCACCGAUGUCCGACUCCUCAUGCUCUACUAUCUCGAAUAACGGCCUAUUAAAUCAACCAUUUGGUUACCCCGAAAGUGAUUCCUAUUACGCUUGUGGAUUCCCAAGCAACUACACACAAGCAGCACAAUGCUGUGGUACCGAUCCCGUCGCUUUCAGCGACCCGUGCUACUCCUCAUGUGGUUUGCCAGCGUCCAUGAACGAUGACUUCGACUUGGAUAGAAUAGAUUAUUUCGACUAUAUGAAAAGUUGCCUCAACUCGACUGGAGAGGUGAUCGAUUACUUGUGGUGCCAUGCGACUCCCCACGCCAUCCAGUUGCCGCCAUCCACGACGAAACCACCGAAGUCGACAAGCACCUUCGAUCAAGCGCAGCAUUGCGCAACAGCCGAUCCUCAGCAGGCAAUAUCCGUCCCCGAUCCAAAGCCAGCAUGUGGAAUGCUUCCGAAUAUGCCGAAUUCAGAUGCCUUCGGACACUGCUGCCAGCCGGCACCGGUGCAGUGGUCCGUAUUUAAAUGCUAUGAAUACUGCGGACUACCACGUGGGAGCGGGUUUGGAGGGAAGGGCAACUUGACGGAGGAUGAGAUAUUGGGGUCCUUUAAGACAUGCAUGUUGCAGCGUGGGAACGGCAGCGAGGCAGUCUUUGAUGGAUUGUACUGUCGCGCGAAUCGAGAGGCGCUGGAUUUGAGAGCAACCAAUUUCACGACGACCACUUAUCUCACUGGUACGGGAAACACUGUCCGAAAGAUGAGUGCAUCUUGCUAUUUGCUGCUCUUGGGAACAAUGGUGAUGACCACACUCGGCAUUUUCUAGGCGUCGGAUACCCAAUUGUCAAUUGUUCAAAGCAAUCCCAUGCUCCUGGUCAUCAUACGGCUACUGAAGGACAUUCUACGAAUUUCCGCAAUUAACUGAAAAUCUAUGUCGACAAG